UCAAGCAAAACCAGACCUUUGGUGAAUGUCUAGGAUGGAUUAGAGUGACUAAAAACACAGCAGCACAUCCGCUUUCGCUGACUCUGGUUGUAGUUGGAGCUUUCGGACGCACGAGGCGACUUGAAUGCGGCGCGUGCUUUGGGCGCAGACUGACAGUUGGGUGUAAGCUGCCAUCAGACGUCUGAAAUCAUGACGGCAGAGGAGACAAUCAACAUCAAAGAGGCAGAGGUGAUCAAGCUCAUCCUGGACUUCCUCAACUCCAGGAAGCUGCACAUCAGCAUGUUGGCCUUGGAGAAGGAGAGCGGCGUUAUUAAUGGGCUCUACUCUGAUGAUAUGCUCUUUCUAAGGCAGCUCAUUCUUGAUGGCCAGUGGGAAGAGGUGAUGCAGUUCAUUCAACCCUUAGAAGGAAUGGAGAAAUUUGACAAGAAAAGGUUCCGUUACAUUGUUUUGAAGCAGAAGUUUCUAGAGGCCCUGUGUGUAAAUAAUGCCAUGUCUGCAGCUGAAGAUCCUCUGAAUCUGGAGCUCACCAUGCAGGAGGCGGUGAAGUGCCUCCACAGUUUAGAGGACUACUGUCCGACUAAAGAGGACUACAGCAAACUGUGUCUGCUCCUCACACUUCCACGCCUCACACACCACGCCGAGUUCAAAGACUGGAACCAGAGCACUGCACGGGUCCACUGCUUCGAGGAGGCCUGUGCGAUGGUGGCCGAGUUCAUCCCUGCAGACCGGAAGCUGAGCGAGGCAGGGUUUAGGGCCAGCGGGAACCGUCUGUUCCAGCUGCUCAUCAAAGGGAUCCUUUAUGAGUGUUGUGUUGAGUUUUGUCAGAGCAAGGCGACGGGUGAGGAGAUCACAGAGGGUGAAGUGUUGCUCGGUGUGGAUUUGCUUUGUGGGAACGGCUGUGAUGAGCUGGAUUUGUCGCUGCUGUCCUGGCUGCAGAACCUCUCCUCCGGCGCCUUCUCCUGUGCCUUCCAGCAGAAGACCCUCAGCAUCCACGUGGACCGGCUGGUCAAACCCAGUAAGGCCGGCCACGCUGACCUCCUCACUCCCUUAAUCAACCGCCUGUCCCCCUGCCCCGCCUCACCUUUCCGCCAGAGACCUCAUUCAGCAGACACGUACAUGUCCAGAUCCCUCAACCCAGCUCUGGACGGACUGUCCCAUGGUCUCACGAUGCAGGACAAGAGAGGCAUGGACGCCACCGUAAAGUCUGCGCUCAGUCGAAGCUUAGUGGAGAAUAAUGUGCAUCAGCAGGACGAUUCACCCGAAAGGAAACAUCCGCAGGGUCUUGACGGUCCCAUCACCACCCGCACCCCUCUGACCCCUGGGAAAGAUGGGGGGCCACCUGCAGCACGGGCAACAAAUGAGCGUCGUGACUCCACAGAACAGAUCCAGGAAUAUUACAGACAGCGUCUCCGAGUGCAGCAGCAUCUGGAGCAGAAGCAGCAGCAGAGGCAGCUCUACCAACAGAUGCUUCUGGAAGGAGGGGUGAAGCCCCACGACGGAGCCCAGAACAACCUCACAGAGACCUUCCUCAGCAGAUCCAUUCAGAAGCUGGAGGAGAUGAAUGUGGGAAUCGACCACAGAGGAGACGAGGUGAUAACACAGCUGGGUCAACAGUGGAAUGGAUUAACAGGCAACAACAACAGCACCUCAAGCCCCAGAACCUGCAACAGUCAACACAGUGCAGACGCCGGGCCUCCGAGGGACAAGCCUGGAGGUUUAGUCAGCAGCACCCCUUUAAAGACCGGAAACCACAGCCUGCCAUGCCUCAGCGAGUCCCCAGUUCCCACCAGUCAGAGUGCAGAGAGAAUCAGAGCUAGUCUUCAAGAUGAUUGUAGCAGCUCUGGAGCUCGUCAUUCAACACAGGAGCCAGGGAAGUCCAAAACACAGUUUGUCAAAGUGAGUCAGCUCGAGGACACUCAGGCAGUGCGGGCAGUGGCCUUCCAUCCCUCAGGGUCGCUCUACGCCGUUGGCUCCAACUCCAAAACCCUGAGAGUCUGCAGCUAUCCAGACACACCGCCUGCAAGUGCUCCUGGUACAGUCAAGCAGCCGGUCGUGCGCUUCAGAAGAAACAAACAUCACAAGGGCUCGAUCUAUUGUGUCGCCUGGAGCCACUGCGGACAACUGUUGGCCACCGGCUCCAAUGACAAAUACGUCAAGGUCCUGCCUUUCAACGCAGACAGCUGCACGCCUUCAGGUCCAGAUUUAGAGUUCAGCAUGCAUGACGGCACCAUCAGGGACUUGGCCUUCAUGGAGGGUCCAGAGAGCGGAGGGUCCAUCUUGAUCAGUGCUGGAGCUGGAGACUGUAAUAUCUACACCACCGACUGUCAGAGAGGACAGGGUCUUCACGCCCUGAGCGGACACACGGGUCAUAUUCUGACUCUGUUCACGUGGGGAGGGUGGAUGAUCGCCUCUGGCUCCCAGGACAAGACGGUGCGUUUCUGGGAUCUGCGGGUGCCCAGCUGUGUGCGGGUGGUCGGCACGACGCUGCACGGCUCCGGCAGUGCAGUGGCUUCAGUGGCAGUGGAUCCCAGUGGGCGCCUGCUGGCCACCGGUCAGGAGGACAGCACCUGCAUGUUGUAUGACAUCAAAGGGGGCCGGAUAGUCCAGACCUAUCGCCCACAUGGCAGUGACAUACGCUCAGUCCGCUUCUCACCUGGAGCCCAUCAUCUUCUGACAGGCUCCUAUGACAACAAAAUCAUCAUCAGUGACCUUCAAGGUGACCUAACCAAGCCGCUUCCCCAGACGUUGGCAGGUGAACACUGGGAUAAGGUGAUCCAGUGUAGGUGGCAUCCACACGACCGGACCUUCCUCUCCUCCUCCGCGGAUCGAACUGUGGUCCUCUGGGCACCGGGCCCCUGAGCUUUCUACUAGACCAGACCAAGACUGGUUCACAGCAGCAGGAAGCACAAGGGCACAGUGUCUACAAACACCCCAGCAUGGAGGGGGUGUGUAGCUGCUGUGGGUGUGUAUGUGAUG